AGGCCACGAGCCUGCCUUGAGGAGAAGGUCCUCACAAGGAACUGGCGAAGGGCCAGGACCGCCAGGCAUGUCUCGAUGUUUUGCUCUGAGAAACAUUUCCUGCACAUAGGGCUCUUACGACUGCAUGAGAAUAGUGCUGAGAAUAACAAGCUGGCCUUGAGGAAAACAGAUUGUCUUUUAAUCCUGAGAAAAUAGAGUCUAUGUGUCUCAUAAACUUUGUAAACUUGCUGUUAUCAACUUUGUACCUGCUCAAGCUUUAUCUGUGUAACCUUGUUUUUUGUAAGCUAUCCCCUUGCUCUCAUGUAUAAAACGACUCCUUUAGAAGUAAAGUUUUGUCAGUCUCCCAGAGAGGCUGUCCGUGUCCUUUUCUCAGAAUCUACUCCGCCGAGCCCUCCACAAGUGGCGCCCAACGUGGGACCUCGAAGUCAUGACAAGUUGAACACGGAGAAAGAUUCCUGCAGAAGGAGAUGGAAAAGACAUCUAGGCUCCGCAGCGGUAUAUACGUCCUCAACAAUCAAGAUCCUUCAGGAACAAAAAAAUGGGUGACCCACAUCACCAAAAGAAUGGCCACAGUGUUACUGGAGGAAGAGAAACAAUGGAAAAGAAAGAGAACAACUCCAGCUCAACCGUACCCCACUUGGGCACAGACCAAGAAUCUGACAAGGAAAGCUGAAGCUGUACUGAAAGAAACCGGAACCCCUUUAACUCCUGAUAAACUUUUCUUGGGUAUGCUAGCUGUAUUGUCCUGUACAUCGGUGGUAAAGGCUAAUUAUACAUACUGGAUUUCCAUUCCUGAUCUGCCUUUGUUGCAAUUUGUUGAUUGGAAUGAACCUAGCCCUCUGGUCUUUACUAAUGAUAGCCAACACUUCCCUCCUCCAUGGUCUAGAGCGGGACCUACUCACCCUGAUCAAGAGGGGAAAGCAAUCAAUAUAUCCAUAGGGUAUAAGGUUUUACCUAUUUGCUUUGGUGCAAGUCCUCCUUGCUAUCUGUAUUUCCUCAAUGGUGGGGUUAUUCCUAUAAUAAUGGCACAGGUUUUAGGUUGGGGUUUUUUUGCUGCCGCUUCAUUUCUGUUAAAUCAAUCUAAAAAAUAUUAUCAUGGGCGAAUUUCUAACAGUACAAAUGCUUUAUUUUUACCUGAGGAACCUCCCUGUGAAGCAAUAUCCCGGCGAAGAAAACAUCAAGGCCCUCCAUUAUUAUGGUCUGACUGCCAGGGAAUUAUUGGGAAAAUAUCUCGUUAUUUGAAUGUUACCUUUAUUGAUUGGGGACCACAUGAAAUGUUUGUUAAUUGCUCUGAAUGGGAAGAGGGAACUUGCAAUGGGACAAAAAUAUUAAUCAUUCUUUGGGGGGACUAUGGCAUCAACAGAAUGAUAUCCUCAAUUGGUAUAAUGGUGGCCUGUCUCCACCCAGGCCACAUAUGAUCCACCCUCAACUCGGGCCUAAGAAUUGGCACAUCUGGAGAAUACCUGCCUCUUUAUACCAAUUUGCUACCCUUAUAAGACAUGCUCGUACUUCAGAUCCCCAAAACUAUACUACCACUUAUAAUGGCACUGGGUUCAUUCAAGCAUGUGUACACCCCCCCUUUUCUGUUUGCUAUAGGAAAAUUCAUUAUUACAAACUCCAUGCAACUCGUCAAUUGCACAAACUGUAAACUCUACACUUGCUUGAACCAUAGUUUGCCAUUCAAUCAUAGUAGGGAGGGAAUUUUCUUAUGAAACAGAGAGCAGAAUUAUGGAUACCUAUUUCUCUUGAUGAACCAUGGUCUGACUCUAUGUUUCUAUCAUUUUUACUAAAAAGAGUUGUCAAAAGAACUAAACACUUUGUCGGUUGGAUUAUAUUAGGCAUUAUUAGCCUCAUAACAGUCGUGUCUCUUGGCACUAUGUCAGGCAUGGCCUUAUAUAAUUCUAUUCAAAAUCAUGAGUUCAUCACUUCAUGACAUAAAGAUUCCCAUGAGCUGUGGGCACAACAAGCAAAAAUUGAUCAGCAAAUCCAGGCCCGGUUAGAUAAAAUACAGGAUGCUUUAUUAUAUGUAGGAGAUCAAGUAAAUCGAUUACAAUUACAACUCAAACUGAAAUAUCUUUGAAACUUUACAAACUUUUGUAUUACUAAUUUACCCUACCAUGCCUCUGAGUACCCUUGGGACAAGAUUAAAGCUCAUUUGCAAUUAGAAAAAACUAACAUGAGUCUUAAUAUUGAAAAAUUGAAGAAACAAAUAAGUGACAGUUAUUCUAACUUACCCCCAGAAUUAUAUAGUUUGCAGUUUUAUGAUGCAUUAACCUCCGCCUUUUCAUCACCAGACCCUCGAUCUUGGUUUUCGUCUUAUCAUAUUGUCUCAUAUGUUCUAAUAAUUCUCAUUAUAUGCAUUGGUAUUAUAGGCUUCCAAUGCCUCUGGAUCAGAUCCUCCUGAACCCAAGACACAAAAAUAAAAAUGAUAGCUGCAGUCUUAACACUAAAAAAGAAAAGGAGGAAAUGUUAAGGGAGACUAUGAGCCUGCCUUAAGGAGAAGGUCCUCACAAGGAACUGGCGAAGGGCCAGGACCGCCAGGCAUGUCUCGAUGUUUUACCCUGAGAAACAUUUCCUGCACAUAGGGCUCUUACGACUGCAUGAGAAUAGUGCUGAGAAUAACAAGCUGGCCUUGAGGAAAACAGAUCGUCUUUUAAUCCUGAGAAAAUAGAGUCUAUGUGUCUCACAAACUUUGUAAACUUGCUGUUAUCAACUUUGUACCUGCUCAAGCUCUAUCUGUGUAACCUUGUUUUUUGUCAGCUAUCUCCUUGCUCUCACGUGUAAAAUGACUCGCCAUAGAAGUAAAGUUUUGUCAGUUUCCCA